AUGUGGUCACUCAGCCUCUUUCUGACAGCGAUUGCUGUAGCGACUUGUCAAGCGGCCCAGGUUGAAUAUGACUUUGUUAUUGUGGGAGGCGGCACAGCCGGUCUGGCCCUGGCCUCACGAUUAAGCCGUGGACUACCGGAGAGCUCUAUCCUGGUGCUGGAAGCUGGACCUGAUGCUGAGAACGAGACGAGUAUCAACAUCCCCGGUAUGGCUGGCUCAGCCAUCGGAUCAUCGUACGACUGGAAUUUUACCACUGCCGUACAAGCGCAUGUAGGUAACCGUACUAUGAGUCAACCCCGAGGAAAGGUGCUGGGCGGAAGUUCCGCGCUUAAUUUUAUGGCGUGGGACCGGGCCAGCCAGGUCGAGUACGACAUAUGGGGAAAGUUAGGAAAUGAUGGGUGGAACUCAUCGGAGAUGAUGCGCUCUAUGCUUGAGGCUGAGAAUUACACUUUGUCAGACAAGUACGGUGACCAAGGUGUAGGUUUUGGUGGUCCUAUCCAGACGAUGAUCUGUGACUUGGUGCCGGAGUACCAGGACAUCUUUACGGAAGCGUUGGAAAGCCUGAAUGUGUCAGAGAAUCGGAAUUCAUUAGGAGGAAAUCCUCUUGGCUUCGGGUUCCAGCCGACAAACGUCCGGUACAGCGAUCGGAAGAGGUCGUAUAGUGCCCAUCACCCAGGAUAUCCUUCGCUUGCAGGGCCCAAUCUUCAAAUACGGGCAGAGACGAGGGUGCGCAAGAUUGAUUUGACGAGUAUAGAUGGAGGUGAUUUGGUAGCAACCGGCGUUACUCUGGAAGAUAACACAACUGUCUUUGCAACGAAGGAAGUCAUCCUUGCUGCUGGUACCAUGCAAAGCCCCGGCCUAUUGGAGCUCUCCGGAAUCGGUCAGAAAGACGUGCUGCAUGCUGCCAAUAUCCAACAAUUAGUUGACCUUCCUGGGGUCGGAGAGAAUCUGCAGGACCAUCUGACAAUUGUGGCCUCCUAUCGACUUCGCUCCAACUAUACCUCAUCCGAUAUGCUCAAUACCAAUGCCACUUUUGCAAAACAGCAACUCGAAGCUUAUAACACAGGUCAAAAAUCCUUGUACGACUGUAGCGGCGGCACCUACGCUUUUCUUAACUGGACUGGCGUGGCUGAUGAGCCUUCGCGCAUGGAAUCUUUAGCACGCAAAGCCGCCGAUGAAUCUCUCUCAUUGUCCCCCUUCGAGCGCAUUAAAGCGGAUACCCUGCUUCAUCAAAUACUGCAUGAAGAAGAAAAUGUUCCACAGGUUGAGAUUCUCUUGGCAGAUGGGUAUGCCGGACCAAAAGGGUAUCCACCAGAGACCUCUCCCCUCUACGGUUCAAACUUCUUCUCGUUGAUAGCAGUCAUGCUACACCCCUUCAGUACGGGGUCGAUACAUGUGAAAUCGGCAUCGAUCUCAACAGCUCCCGAGAUACAACCGAACUACCUCUCCCAUGAAUAUGAUAUCCAGGCUCUCGUAUCUGCCGCCAAGUACUUGCGUAAACUAGCGUCAACAGCUCCUCUCCGGCAAGCUUGGACCGAAGAAUACGACCCAGGCCUUUCUGUGGUUGUUGACGGAUCCGAUAGUGAUACUCAGUGGAGGGAAUAUGCGAUCAACAGCACCAGGACAAUCUUUCACCCGGUCGGUACAUGUGCGAUGUUGCCACAGGAACUACAUGGGGUGGUCAAUGCGAAUCUGACCGUGUAUGGCACGGAGAAUCUCCGCGUGGUCGAUGCCAGUGUCAUGCCAGUUUUGAUAUCCGGUCAUAUACAAACAGCUGUAUACGGGAUCGCUGAAAAAGCGGCGGAGAUGAUCAUUAAGCGUUGGCAGUAG